AUGACGGGCAGGGAACUGCAUAGUGAUGUUCUGCAGGCUCUUGAAGUGGCCGCCAGGAGACGCCACAGAGCCACUCUGGCUCGAAAAGAAACUCAGAAGCACACACUAAAUGCACACGGUUACCAUCGAUUGCAGCGGCAGCUGAAUAAAAAGACUUUCCUCGCACCGAUAGAUGCAGAGACUACGAAGGCCAACAUUUACUAUAUCAAGAAGAAGUUCAUGAGGUUCUGCCGAGAAAAGCAGCACGGCAAUUGGAAAAAUGCCAUUAAGUGGCAAUACUACGACCAACCUGGGUCUAAGCCGGUCAUGGGAGUUGAUGACCUCCUCCUAGGCUUGACGCACCACUGGUGUCGUGAUAGGAGUGUCUUCCCGACCGAAGGCGAUCGUCUUGACCUGUCCGCCAUUAUGCUUUUCCAGUCUUACACAGCCUGUCGACCCGCUGAGCUUGUGGAUGGUACUAAGUCGAGGGGAGGAAAAGAUCCAAUGCUCGGCGACUCAGACGAUGAGGAUUCGGGAGCAGGACUGUCUGUUGAUCGCUCACAUAUGAUUAAGUUGUCUGCUGAGCGGCAAAAAAUACUGCCACGCAAAAAGGACGAGUCGGAGGAGUUUGACUCAGAACCAGGAGAUGCAGCAUUCUCUGAGGUCGACGCCCUUGACAGUAAUGACACAAGCGAUACCGACGGGGACGAUGCGGAGGACGAUAGCGAUGAAGGCACCAAUAUCUCUGGCAAUAACGUCAACAUGGGUGGAACACAAGCUUCUCUCUCACGCCCUUGCGUGGGGACUGACGAGGUCGUCAGUGAAUCGAUCCGAAAGCACAAAGCUCUUUGCUACGAGGAUAUAGUGCUUUGGAUUGUUCAGGAUCCUAAUCAGAGGGGCCGAGAUGUUUUAGCAAUGGAAGUGUUUUUCCGAUAUCACAAAGGCGCCGAUAGAAAGCCAAAACCUACUAUUUUCUUGUUUCGCGAGAAUCCCUUGCCAAUUCUUUGUCCUAUAAGUCAUCUAUUAGCUCGUGCCAUAAGCGAUGAUGCUAUAGAAGUAGGCGGAUUUCACCAUGCCGCUCCACUCUUCUCAAGUCACAUCCGCAGAAAAGCGAUCAAGGUUCAUUGGAAACCUUCUGUUUUGAAAAAGCCGGUUUUUCGAAGGUCAGUCCGCACUGCUACUGGAUGGCUCAAAUCCGAAACGGAACCAAUGAAAUAUUCCGCGUAUGCAUUCUACCUCGACAGAAUAGGCUCCGAUCUCGGGUCAGAGGAGAAAUGGACAUCUUACUGUUUUCGUCGAGGCCAUGCAAACGCCCUCCUUGGCGUUGCCCCCGACUCCAUUGUGGAUCAGGUCAUGAGGCACGAUCCCCUCACUGGAUGCAUGCAAAAUGCAUACCAAAACUGUCGGAUAGGAUUCAAUACACAGGAUGCAUUCCUCGAAAGAGACCCAUCCGCCGAUGGUCUUACACGCGCUUUCACACAUAUGAGCAUUAGAUGCAACCCUGAAGUUCCAAAAGAAAUCCCCAAAGCCGAGCUGGACAAGCUGCCUCCUGAUCCCGAAGUCGUCAGCCUUGCCAAACAUAUUCGUCAACGGGCGCUGUGUAUGAGGCAAGAGUAUGGAUUCAUUAAGUCUGCGCCGAAGGUGGUUAGAGAAGAGUAUCAACAACUGCGGAGAGAUCUUAAAAACGCUGAAAAAGCUUUCCGGGCAGAUAUGACGAAAGUGUAUCAAGAAGCAUGCCGUCGUCGCAUCCAUAACGAGGAGUUACAGAAGCAGUUAAGUGGGAUGACAAUAGACACCGAACUUGACGGAGAACCUAAGCUCGAGCCCAGUGUGCAGCAUCAGCUAGAGGAGCGAACACAGUUGCAAGCUAUCCUAAGUGACUUCAGACAAGACUUGGAUACAAAACGUACCACAGACCGCAAGAUCCGUGCAGUUGACCUUAUGGUACUUCUCGCAUCUCGCCGCGAGGUCCGUCCUCCCGCCCACUCGCCAUCCCCAUCACCCCGGCUGUAUGGAAGCGGCAUUCGUGGGAACACUCCCGACACCAAGCCUGUUAGUCCCAAAGUCAACGUUGAUGAGGUGCCCCUCAUUCUUGGUAAAGCACAAUGCAUAUAUUGUGUUGGAGAAAAUCAGCUCCCAUACAACACGCGCAUGCGCUCAUUCAAUCGUGUAUCGCACAUGAUGGACCAUGUGGAGAAUGUGCAUCUUAAGCAUGAGCGCGAUGGAGGAAGGUUUGUUUGCCGCCACCCACAAUGUACGCAUUUGGGUGACUUCCUGAUCAGUUUGGAUGCUUUCAAGUACCACGUGCAACAGGUACAUGGCGUUAAGCUUCGAACUAGCCAAGUGUAA